AUGAGCCUCCACACUGGAGCUCACCUAAGCACCCCCAAGCAUAAGAGAAAACAAAACCUGGCAAAGAUACUGGACUUGCGCCCAAGGCCGGACCGGGUGGAGGUGGGCCUGGAGGCGUCAGCGUGGGCGGAUUGCCCGGGAGGAGGUUUUGGAUGCUCGGCAGUUCGCGAACCGCCCGAGAAGCAGCACAACCGUAUCCAGAUUGGUGGCGACGCGGCCCUAGAGUGCGACACGGCCCUCCCCUCCUCACAGCACCGCCCUCUCCUUUUGGCAUCACUCCCUCCUUCCGCGCCACAGCCCCCGCCUCUCAGCAUAACCCCUGCUACCCUCCCUUCCAACCUGCAUCUCCCUCUCCUCCCGGUGCCGUCCCUCCUUCGAGCACCGGCCCCUGCUCCCCUGCCGCCUGAAUUCUGGAAUUUGGCGAAGAAGAUAGUUCAUUCUGAAGAGCAUACUGAACAAUCAAAUUCAGCUUCUCCACCCAAACAUCAGUUGCUAAAUGGAGAUGCUUAUGUGCCCAAGAGGAAUCAAGCCUUGGAUGGGAUCCAAAUCCUCUACUUGCUCUGCUGGGUUCAACUGGCAGCCGAGUAUAGACACGUUGCUUUAGCUGACAGUGGGGUGGCACUGUGGUCUGGGAAACCAGAAUCUCCCCACAGGGAAGGAAUGGAAAUCAGUCAUGAGCUAAUCAAUCUGGAAGUCAGCUCUCCACAUGUCCCGGAUCUGACUCUAAUAGACCUUCCUGGCAUAACCAGGGUGGCUGUGGGUAACCAGCCCACUGACAUCGGGCUCCAGAUCAAGGCACUCAUCAGGAAGUACAUCUGAGGGACCCAAACGAUCAACCUGGUGGUGGUCCCCUGUAAUGUGGACGUUGCCACCACGGAGGUGCUGAGCAUGGCUCAGGAAGUGGACCCUGAGGGGGAUAGGACCAUAGAAAUCUUGACAAAGCCUGAUUUGGUGAACAAAGGUACCGAAGACAAGGUUGUUGAUGUGGCACGAAGCCUUGUGUGCCACCUGAAGAAGGACUACAUGAACAUCAGUUGCUGGGGUCGGCAGGAAAUCCAGGACCAGCUGAGCUUGUCUGAAGCGCUGCAAAGAGAGAAGGCCUUCUUUGAGGACCACUCACGUUUCAGGGAACUUCUAGAGGAAGAAAGGGCCAAGAUUCCCUACCUGGCAGACAGACUUACCACAGAGCUCAUCAUGCACAUCUGUAAAUCUAUGCCCCUAUUAGUAGAGAAAAAAAAGGCAACUCACCAGAAAAUAACAGAGGACUUACAAAAGUAUGGUGCCAACACAGAAGAUGAAACGGAAAAAAUGCUCUUCCUGAUAGAUAAGAGUAAAGCACUUAAUCAGGAUAUUGCUGCUUUAGUGCAAGGGGAGGAAACUGUAGAAGAUGAAGGCACCUGGCUGUUUACCAAACUCUGGAAUGAGUUCCACAGAAAGUUCAGAAUUGUAUUAUGUUUAGACAAAAUCUGCAAGGUUUUUUUGGAAAAUAAUUUAAAGCUAUUCUUUUCUAUUGGAGGUUAUGACCUUAUGAGUAACGAAAUUCAGAAAUCUGAGAAUCAGUAUUGUGGCAGAGAGCUGCCAGGAUUUGUGAAUUAUAGGACAUUUGAGUAGAUCAUAAAACAGCAAAUCAAAGCCCUGGAGGAGCCAGCUGUUGACAUGGUGCACAAGGUAACUAAUAUUGUCCAGUUCACUUUUGCAGAUGUUCUGGUAAAACAUUUUGAGGAAUUUUUUAAACUCCAUAGGACAGUCAAGUCCAAAAUCGAAGACAUUCGAGCAGAACAAGAAAAAGAAGGUGACAAGUUGAUCCGACUUCACUUCCAGAUGGAGCAGAUUAUCUACUGCCAAGACCAGGUUUACAGGGGUGCGUUGUAGAAGGUUCAAGAGAAGGAAAUGGAAGAGGAAAAGAGGAAUAAAAGAUCAUGUAAUUCGUUCUUUGAACAAGACUCUGAAAACUCUUCCAUGGCUGAGAUCUUUCAGCACCUGAUCACCUACCACCAGGAGGCAGAAAUCACUCAUCAGAGGGAAAUCGAGGCUAAAAAGACAUUUGAUGAGUGGAAAGAGAAACAAAGUUCAUGA